CAGGUCCCCAACUACCUCCCGUCCAUCAGCGCGGCCAUCGGGGGUGAGACCCCGCAGCGCUACGUGUGGCGCCUCUGCAUCGGCCUCCACUCGGCGCCCCGCUUCCUCGUGGCCGUGGCCUACUGGAACCACUACCAGAGCUGCCCCUGCGCCCACCCGCGCUACCUGCGCCUCUGCCACGUCAACCUGCUGCUCAACCUGCUGGAGAACGGCGCGCUGCUCGUGCUCACCUACGUGUCCUCCUCCGAGAACUACGUUCCUGGUGCCAGCCCAGAUGGGUUCCUGGUGCCAGUCAGCCUGGGUUGCUGGUUCCUGGUUCCUGGUGCCAGCCCAGCUGGGUUCCUAGUUCCUGGUGCCAGCCCAGAUGGGUUCCUGGUGCCAGUCAGCCUGGGUUGCUGGUUCCUGGUUCCUGGUGCCAGCCCAGCUGGGUUCCUAGUUCCUGGUGCCAGCCCAGAUGGGUUCCUGGUGCCAGUCAGCCUGGGUUGCUGGUUCCUGGUUCCUGGUGCCAGCCCAGCUGGGUUCCUAGUUCCUGGUGCCAGCCCAGAUGGGUUCCUGGUGCCAGUCAGCCUGGGUUGCUGGUUCCUGGUUCCUGGUGCCAGCCCAGCUGGGUUCCUAGUUCCUGGUGCCAGCCCAGAUGGGUUCCUGGUGCCAGUCAGCCUGGGUUGCUGGUUCCUGGUUCCUGGUGCCAGCCCAGCUGGGUUCCUAGUUCCUGGUGCCAGCCCAGAUGGGUUCCUGGUGCCAGUCAGCCUGGGUUGCUGGUUCCUGGUUCCUGGUGCCAGCCCAGCUGGGUUCCUAGUUCCUGGUGCCAGCCCAGAUGGGUUCCUGGUGCCAGUCAGCCUGGGUUGCUGGUUCCUGGUUCCUGGUGCCAGCCCAGCUGGGUUCCUAGUUCCUGGUGCCAGCCCAGAUGGGUUCCUGGUGCCAGUCAGCCUGGGUUGCUGGUUCCUGGUUCCUGGUGCCAGCCCAGCUGGGUUCCUAGUUCCUGGUGCCAGCCCAGAUGGGUUCCUGGUGCCAGUCAGCCUGGGUUGCUGGUUCCUGGUUCCUGGUGCCAGCCCAGCUGGGUUCCUAGUUCCUGGUGCCAGCCCAGAUGGGUUCCUGGUGCCAGUCAGCCUGGGUUGCUGGUUCCUGGUUCCUGGUGCCAGCCCAGCUGGGUUCCUAGUUCCUGGUGCCAGCCCAGAUGGGUUCCUGGUGCCAGUCAGCCUGGGUUGCUGGUUCCUGGUUCCUGGUGCCAGCCCAGCUGGGUUCCUAGUUCCUGGUGCCAGCCCAGAUGGGUUCCUGGUGCCAGUCAGCCUGGGUUGCUGGUUCCUGGUUCCUGGUGCCAGCCCAGCUGGGUUCCUAGUUCCUGGUGCCAGCCCAGAUGGGUUCCUGGUGCCAGUCAGCCUGGGUUGCUGGUUCCUGGUUCCUGGUGCCAGCCCAGCUGGGUUCCUAGUUCCUGGUGCCAGCCCAGAUGGGUUCCUGGUGCCAGUCAGCCUGGGUUGCUGGUUCCUGGUUCCUGGUGCCAGCCCAGCUGGGUUCCUAGUUCCUGGUGCCAGCCCAGAUGGGUUCCUGGUGCCAGUCAGCCUGGGUUGCUGGUUCCUGGUUCCUGGUGCCAGCCCAGCUGGGUUCCUAGUUCCUGGUGCCAGCCCAGAUGGGUUCCUGGUGCCAGUCAGCCUGGGUUGCUGGUUCCUGGUUCCUGGUGCCAGCCCAGCUGGGUUCCUAGUUCCUGGUGCCAGCCCAGAUGGGUUCCUGGUGCCAGUCAGCCUGGGUUGCUGGUUCCUGGUUCCUGGUGCCAGCCCAGCUGGGUUCCUAGUUCCUGGUGCCAGCCCAGAUGGGUUCCUGGUGCCAGUCAGCCUGGGUUGCUGGUUCCUGGUUCCUGGUGCCAGCCCAGCUGGGUUCCUAGUUCCUGGUGCCAGCCCAGAUGGGUUCCUGGUGCCAGUCAGCCUCAGCAGGGCAGGGUGCAGUGCAGAACAAUGCAGUGCAGUGCAAGGCAGAGCCAUGCAGCACAGCAAGGUGCAGAGCUGA